AUGGCAUCGGCAGCGGUUCAACAACCCGGCGGGCACUCGACCUCGUUCGAACCUUUGACGGCACAAUUGAAGAGCACAUCUGGCCUUCAGCCAGAGAAACAUCAUGUCCAUACGCAGUUGAACUACUACAAGGACCCUGGUGACGGAAGCCCCCCGGCUCCAACUUAUGUUGGCAAGCCCGAGACCUACGAGAGGCCCGUCCAACCCCUGGACGUGACGGUACAUGAUAUCCGGGGCGAAGAGAAGAACUACACACUGGACAAGAGUGGGUUCGAGAUAUAUCGUCACACGAGCAGCGAAAAGGACUUUCUCGACGAUGACCAGAUCCGGGCCAACUACUACCCAGAGACGGAACAGCUGUUGAAAGAUGCAACUGGAGCGUCUCGCGUGUUGAUCUUCGACCACACGAUCCGGCGAGCGUACAAGGACGAACGGGGCACCACUCCCUUGCGCGGGCCCGUGAACCGCGUGCACAUCGACCAGAGCUACAGCGCAGCCAAGUCGCGGGUACCGUUCCACCUUCCCGAGGAGGCCGAGGCGCUGCUCAAGACGCGAUACCAGAUCAUCAACGUGUGGCGGCCCAUCAAGACGAUCCUCAAGGACCCCCUCGGAGUCGCUGAGGCGCACUCGGUGCCGGACUCGGACCUCGUCGGCGUCGGCCUGAUCUACCCCAACCGCCAGGGCGAGACCUACACGGUGCGACCCAACCCGGCGCACAAGUGGCACUACCUGUACGGCCAGACGCCCGAAGAGGUGCUGUUGAUCAAGUGCUUCGACUCGAAGCUGGACGGCCGCGCCCGCAGAGUGCCGCACACCGCGUUUGUGAACCCCGACACGGUCAAUGAGUACUCGCGCGAGUCGAUCGAGGUGCGGGCUUUGGUGUUUCAUGAGGACCAGACCGCAGAGUGA